UCUGCUUAUGAGAAACGUAGCAUGCUGCUUUACCUUUUUUAUUUCCCCAUGGGAACAUUUUCACAUAGGAAUCUAUUUCAUCUCCUGGGAAACCAGAAUAAGUCUUUGAUAGUAGGAGAUGAAAUUUUUUGUAUGCAUCCCUUCAUGGGUAGGGUUCAGAGGGCAUGUAAAUUACUGAAACCAGGGGACUCAGUGAGCAUUUUUCUUGUAACACGUGUCUGUGAGUACACAAGAUAGUCUAAAUGAGAAGCUGUGUAACUUUAGAGUGCUUUAAGCUCUCCUCUAAGAUUGAACUUAGCUCAUUUUAAAAUAGUCUUUAGAAGUGACAUUAAAGAAUUUGCAGGGCUUAUUCAGUGUACAUGCUGUCUUGGGUAGCAGCAUUUAUUCUAUCAACUCUGUUUAAAUUGGUAGUAUUUUUAGAAAAGAAUUCUCACUGAGUCACUUAAAAAAAAAAUCCCACAAUUUUUGUGCAGUUAUCAGUAUGUUGAUCUCUGUAAGUCACAGAAGAGGUUUAUACCUCCACACCAAAGAAAUAGCUUUUGAUUUGCUCACACGUGAAAAGUAACUGGUCCAAUAGGGAGUCAUCUGUUAAGCCAGAAAGAUUAGGAUUUUUGCUUGCCUAUUAAUUUUUAAUAUGCUAUUUAUUGUUAUCAAACAACAUGAUACUUUAUUAUUUCUUUUUAUUAUUUUUAUUAUUAAGAGAACAGUGCUACCACUCCCUUCCAGUAAACUGUUCUUGAUCUGGACUGUAGACUGCAUUCAGAACUGGAACAGGCUUGGUGUUCUUGAGUGAUUUUCAAGUCAGGAGAACGUGCCUUCUUCCUAUGGGUCUCAUUUUGGGAGGUUUUUUUAAAGGUGUACCAGAACAGUGUAAAAUAUAUUCCCUUUGUUCUACCAGUCAAAACAUGAAAACAUGGUCUUCCUCUUUGAAUGGGUCAUAAUGGUCAUUGUUCUUUGGGCAAUUAAUGAUGCUCUAGCUUUCACAAGGUUUUCUAUCUUUCUUUCAUAUAUUGCUAGAAAAAUCUGAUUGUGUAAGAACAUAAUUUAUCUACCAGAUCAAGACAAAAGUCCUUUUAUCCCAACAUCCUGCUGAUGAUGGUAAAAAACAAAUACUUAGCAAGAAGGGUAAAAUAAACAAGCAUACAGUGUAAUUUCCUUUGAUAAACCCUUCCCCCCUCCAGCAGCCUGUGAUUAAACAUUUCCUGAGGGAAAAAUUGCAUCGCUGGGUAUUUAAUAAUCCUUGCUAUACAUUUUCUCCCAUUACUUUGUCUGCUUUCUUGAUCCACAGUAUUUGUUUCUUCUAUAAUAAUGUAUGACAGUGAGUUCCACUGUUUAAUUACAUGUUGUGUAAAAAAAAAAAUGUUACAGUUUCUAAUGUACAAUUAAAUUUUCAGAGCAAGAAAUUGGUAACACACCAGAUUCUGUCCUGAUCAAUCACACUUUAAUUCAAGAAUGUUACCUAAGAGGGAUACAGCUGACUAAAUCUUUGUUAGCUCCUUUUGUAGGUUAAAUGCACAGCAGUGACUUUUCUCUCUGUUAUACAGAGGAGCCAAUAUACUGUUAUACACCACACAACUUCACCCGCGAUCAAGCCUUGUAUGCCAGAGGAUAUUGUUGGACAGAAUUAAAAGAUGCCUUGCCAGGAGUUGAUGCCAGCCACUGGCCCUCCUUGUUUGAGCAUAAGUUCCUACCUUAUGCACUGCUGGCUUUUGCUGGGAUAAUGUACAUUCCAGCUCUGGGCUGGGAAUUUCUUGCCUCCACCCGGUUGACUUCAGAGCUUAAUUUUUUGCUUCAGGAGAUUGAUAACUGCUACCACCGUGCAGCUGAAGGGCGGGCACCAAAAAUAGAGAAACAGAUUCAGUCUAAAGGCCCAGGGAUCACCGAGAGAGAAAAAAGGGAAAUUAUUGAGAAUGCAGAGAAGGAAAAAAGCCCUGAACAGAACUUGUUUGAGAAAUACCUGGAAAGAAGAGGGCGAAGUAACUUUUUGGCUAAGCUUUAUCUUGCAAGACACCUGUUCAUCAUCUUUUUAAGCAUCAUACCAAUCACAUACUUAUCUACCUACUAUGCUACACAGAAGCAAAAUGAAUUUACAUGUGCACUAGGAGAGCCUCCAGACAGAACUAGCAGCUCCAAAUUGCACAUCAGAGUGAACUGUAAGCUGCCGUCUGUCCAGCUCCAGCGGAUUAUUGCUGGUGUAGAUAUUGUUCUCCUCUGCUUCAUGAACUUGAUAAUCCUCAUCAACUUAAUUCAUCUCUUCAUAUUUCGCAAGUCUAACUUCAUAUUUGAUAAACUGAACAAAGUUGGAAUAAAGACCAAGAAACAGUGGCAGAAGUCCCAGUUUUGUGAUAUCAAUAUUUUGGCCAUGUUUUGUAAUGAAAAUAGGGACCACAUAAAAUCAUUGAACCGUCUGGAUUUUAUUACAAAUGAGAGCGAUCUGAUGUACGACAACGUGGUACGCCAGCUGCUUGCAGCGUUGGCCCAGUCCAAUCAUGAUGCCACUCCAACUAUGCGUGAUUCGGGGAUCCAAACAAUAGACCCAAGCGUUGAUCCAGCAGACAUUGAUGCUAAUGAACAGCUCAUCAUUAAGAGACCAAGGAAGAAGAUGAAAUGGAUCCCAACCACCAAUCCCCUUCCUCAGCCAUUCAAGGAACAGUUAGCCAUUAUGAAGGUUGAAAACCAUAAACCUGAUAAACCGAAGCCUGUGCGGAGAAAAACAGCAACAGACAGCCUUAUAGCUCCUUUGUUAGAAUCUGCUGCAAAAACCUCACAGCAAUCGUCCACUCAUAAAACCGAGUCAAGUGCUAUGCCAAGCACAAGCAGUGAAAAAAAGCACACACGGCACUUUUCCUUGGAUGUUCAUCCAUAUAUACUUAGUAGCAAAAAACCCAAGCCAGAGGUUCAAGCCAUCCCCUCGAUGCCUACAUCAAAAAGCCAAGAGGGUGGAUUUUUAAACCAGGAAGAAAACGUUGUAGUACACGUUACCUCCUCUCUCAAAGACACUCCUCAUCCUGCAAAAGAGAUCCUGUACUCAUCUGAGACAUGCAGAACUGUGCCUGCUGCUGCAGCUUUUGUCACGUGUAACCACAACCAUAUAGCCACAACUGCUGCUGCCACCAGUAUGGCUUUGAACCAGGGCAAGCCAGAGCCAACACCUGCACUGAACUGCAACCCAGCCCACCCUUUGCUGCACAUCAACACGCUGUACGAGGACCAUGAGGAGGAGGUUUCAAACAUAAUGGACAACGGGAUUCACUCACCGACUGACACCGGGGAGAUUCUCUCCAUCCCUACCCCAAAGCAGAUAAGGUUGGCAACGUUUGACGAGCCAAUGGCGAUUGUGAGCUCGGUGGAGUACUGAAGGCCUCGGGCUGCCCAGCUGGCCCCUGUGGCUGGGCCUGAGACCACUACAGUGCAGAACACGGUCCCCCCAGCAAUGCAACUCACUGCAUGAGCAUGGAGAGUUUUCGCACAGACUAUAGCUUCUGCUGAUAACACCAAACGGUUUUUCAAGAUCACAUCAUGAGCACUGUCAGUUAUUUGCGAAAUAGAGUAAAGAAAUUCUGGUGGAAAUAGACCUUUAACACUAAGACAACCACUAGCUGUAGCUCUAAACAAUAGCUUCCUGAUUUAAAUGGGAAUUAGCACAAUUUAUGAAGACUAGGAGUCUGAUGGCUUUCCACAGCAAUUUUAGUGAGUGUUUAAAUCCUUUGCAUUCAGAAUUACUGAUUAAAGUUAAAACAACAUGGAGGUGAGGUAUACUUUUUUAAUGGCAGCAGUUAAAUAAGAGUUCUAAGCAGAGAGGAUUUUUUUUUUAAUUCAGGAUUUUGAAAAAAUUAUAUGCAAGCAAAAUUUGUUUUUGUUUGUUUCUUUAGCUCACUGAUGUUGGACUUGAUGGAGACUUAGCUGAAAGGGCCUUACUACCACCAGCAUGUAAGUGCAAAAAGAUUGAUUCACUCAAUCUCUUGCAUUUAUAAAUGAAAAUACCUGAAGUAUGCCCCGCCCUUUAACAUGCUUAUAUGUUUGAUGGAAGAUGAUUAAAUUAAGAGUUUAUUUUUUUAAAUAUAUUUUACCAUGGAAAAAAUUACUUUAUUAACUUUUCAAACCAGGUGUUACUUUUAACAAAAUGUGUCGAAGAGAGUCAUUGUAGCUGCUUAUUUUUUCAUAGUGUAUUUAUGAACCAGGUUAGAAACUUUCAUGGGUGCUUCACUGAUACGAAAAAUCUUAUGGAGGUCAUUACAAAAUAUCUUACAAAACAUGAAACCAGCAAACCUGUUUUCAAAUAACACACAGUUAAAGAUGUCUAUGAAUUCAGUUCUGCAGAUUUGGCUAGUCCUUGAUUCAGCAAACACUCAAGGCCAUGGGUGACAAAGUGACAAAGGACUCAUGUCUAAAGCUAAGCACACACCGAAAUGGCUUUGCUGGAUCUGGGCUCUAGUGCAGGCAGACAAUAAUCCUGCGGUAUGAGCUAUCACUCUGAUUCAAUAUUUGCCAUCCUUGGCUCAAAGCACAUCUUCAUGCCCAUCUUCCUAUAAUUACGGUAUGUGUGAUUUAAUAGAAAACUAUAGUAUAACUAAAACAUCUAUUAAAAGUGUAUCAUGCAAUAACCAUUCUCAGCAAAAUUAUAGUGAAACAAAAAGUGACUGUGUUAAAAUAAUAUUCCUACCUGCAUUCAGAAUUACAGACUGUGUGUGUUUGCUUCAAAAUUAUGUAUAAUGGUAGAAAAAAAUAUGCAGCACAAAUAUGGGACUGAAAUCUUGAGUUUAUUUUUAAUUUAUUACCUCAGACAUGCAUAUAUUAUACCAAUAUUUAAUGAAAAUAGCACUGAAAAUAAAUACCUAUUAUUCUGAA